CCAUACUAGCCAUCCAACGCAAUACAAUUAGUCGACCGGCGUCAGGCCGUUAAGGACGGGACCGGCAUGCCAACACGUCUUUGCGAGUCUGACUGAUGUGUAACAUAUUAUGAAAGAGCACAGAAAAUUGCAAGACAUUCUAACAUGUCUCGUUGCCGUGGUUAUAUUUAUUUGUCAAUUGCUGAAUCGUUUGUUUUGUUGGAUCAAAAAUCGUUUGAAAUCAAACAGAGAAAAUAUCAGCUCUAUUGUCACAGCGGAUACAACUAUAUUACCCGGCACGAUAUCAAAUGAUGGUAAUAUUGCGUUGGACAAUUUUAUUAGGGUACAAGAACUGAUUCAAAAACACUUUGACAUUCCUCUGUUAUCUGCAGAGCAAGAGCCGAAAGUGGACGAUGACGUUUUAAUUGGAGACAUAAGUCCGGUGUCGGACUCGACCGAUUUUCGUUGGCCAAAGCAAAAUUUGGAUACAGUCGAAGAGUACAUGGUCGAUGAUUCGUUCGUGGCCCGCGGUCUUGGAUUAAUAGCGGCAACGGUCGGUCGACAAUCUAAGUUCUACAUAUACUCAAAGUACAAUGACAGCUUCGACGGCAUUGUAGUCGAACUGAAAAGUCGCAAAGGCGAAACGGGUAAGAUCACGGUCUUAGGCCGGAGAUCGAAAGCAAGCGCGAUGCAACCGAAAUCGAUCCCCGUCGAUUACGUGCACGACGACGACCGAAUAAAAGUGACGUACACGCCUUUGUCCGAAGGCGUACACACGGUAACGCUGUCGAAGGACCAUCUUCCGAUAUGUCGGUCUCCGUACUACGUGUCGGCCGACAAGAGCCCGACCGAUUGUCGGUCUAGGCUGCGGUUCGGCGGCAAAAAGUACAAAACCGUCACUAGACCGGCGAGGUGUAAGACGACCGAAACCAACAUCGCUACGCCGGAAACGGAACAGCACGACAUAACACGACAUGGCACGACUCGACACGACACGGCACGACACAAGACGACCGGUGACGACACCGACGACAACAGAUUAUCCGCAAAGGACAAGACGUACGAGGGUCGGACGGACGUCAGAUCCAUAGUAACGAAAUUCGAAUCGAAAACUUAUGCAAACCGAAGGAAUACAUGUGCCCCGAAACACGACGGUGUAAAUGACGACCAACAAACCGGCAGUUGUAGUGUUAGACGUACUUUUGAAACUAACAAAGACAUGUGGCCCAACAAAGAAAUCACAGAGAAUACAAACAUUUCCGACAAGUCGCAUUGCGUUGUACUAGCUGGCGGAGUCGAUACUACUGAUACGAAAAUAAUCGAAUACUACGAUGAACAUGGCCAAGAGUUGACGGUUGACCAAACCGAAGGAAACGACGACACGUUGUGUGGUAGAACCAAAGAGACAUAUUCCGACGACGACGACGACAGGAAAACGGUUAUUGCGUUGGACAAUGCGAACGAAACAGAUUGGCCUGAUCAAAUGUCGAAGAUAUUGAAAUGUCUUUGCGAAAAUUGUUGUAAAAAAGUUUUAAGUAUGCUGCAAAAUAUAGUAGCCGGAGAUGUGCGUGUGACGUACAACGACGAAUCGGUGGACAUAGAACACAUCCAGUCGUCUAAUUUUGAAACUCCCCCAGCAAUAAGAAUCAAUAUUAAUAUAGAAAACAAGAUUCAGAGCGAUGCUCACAAUCUGUGUUUACACCACAAUAGCGACUGUUCGCCGGCGCCAAAUGAAAACGACAACACAAACCAUACAAAUUCCAUCGACGUCGAAAACAUCGGUUUUACAAGCGAUAAUAGUGCAAUCGAUGAAACAGACUCUGACACCAAACAUAUCGUAACAGAUUCCGGUAGUGAAAAGCAGCAAGAACCCAUUACGAUAAAUCAAAUGGAAUCUUUAUCGGCUAAAGAAUAUUGUUCGGAAAAUGAGAUUCAAACUGUAAAUGCAAUUUGCAAUUUAUCUACCGCUGAAAUCUCAGCAAGCGAUAUCGCUAACACGCAUGAAGACUUGACUGAUGAUUUUAUUAUAAGCAAUGAAAGUGAAAAUGUCCAACAAGAUUCUACUGCUGAAAAAACAAAUAUUCCAAGCAUUACCGAAACCAGAGUGAUGCCGGUUAUGACUUUGGAAACUAUUUAUUCAAAUAACGGAACACUAAUCAACAAUCAGAAUAAAUCAGAUAUUGAUACAAAGGAAAUUGCGAAUCAUUCUCUUUCGAACUCGACUGAAAAUAAAGAUAACACUAGACAUGAAACCAAUUCGGAUUCUAAAAUUAAUAAUUUUGAAAAUGUAACGCCAGUGACUAUUCCAAAAAAAAACGAUAAUGUUUAUAUAAAAGAUAACAAUUUAACCACCGAUACAGACUUAAACAAUGACUUAGUGAGUUUUAUCGAAAAGGCGAUAGAGCCUGCAAUACACUGUUUUAAGGAUACUAUAAUAAAUACUAUUUUAACGAUAUUUACAAGUAUUAAAAACGACAAGUUUCAUCAACUAGAGCAAAUGGCUGAUAGUUUAAAGCCCCAAUGUUCCGGUGAAAUUCCUUUUGAUACGAUUGAAGACACUGUUAAUGAAUUACAAACAUCGAGUACAAAGCAAAUUACAGACUUUCAACAUUUUCUACAUAUAAUCAAAAACGAAAUACAAGCUAAAAAUAAUAACUGGGCGCAUAUUAAAAUGCAAUCAAAAUUUAAAAGUAUAAUGGAUUCGAUUAUGGAAAACCGAACAGAAAUUAUUCACGAUCGACAUCCUGUAGAAGAUGUCAAAACAGUGGAUAUAAACUCGAAAAUAAUUACAGAUGCUUUAGAAAAAAGUUUAAUUUCUAAUGGCAUUGCAGAUUGUGAACAAAUAAUUGAAACCACUGAAAAUAACAAGAAACAAGAAACUGUGGUGCCGUGUGAAAUCGAAACGGAUAUUAAAGAAGAAAUAGCUUUCAACCUUCCAGGAAGCACAACGGAAAAUCAAAUAGAAGUAAAAAUAGCAAGCCAAAUACAUUAUGAUGCAUCAAAAGACACUGUCGUCCCUGUAGACCAUAAAAUUAAUGAUUCUGCGAUAGAUGACAAAAAAUUGAUGACACACGACAUAAAACCUAACAACGACGAAGGGCGUAUCUUUCUUGAAAAUUUACCUCUGACUGAAUCUUUCGAGGCAAACGAAUUGUCUGUCAAAUAUAAAAUAAUCGAUGACGGACGUAUCGACGAUGAAAACUAUACUCGUGAACCGUCGACAGAUGAUAAAAAAUCAACAUUACAAGAUACACAAUUGGAAAAUACCAAGUACAUUAUAAACAGAGAACAACAUCAAUCGUUAUCAAACGAUAGUAGUGUCAAAGACAAAAAUGUAUCUACUGAGGAAGGAAUAGUUGACGAGGAAACGUCAACGACUACAAUUACUAAUUCAGAAAACGUAACGAAAUUCGACUUAAACCCGAAUCAUGGGAAUAGACGAUUGUCGUUGCAAGAAUAUUUAGAAGAAAGUUCUCAACGUAUUGAUAACAACCAAUCUGACUUCGACCAGACAAAUGAAACUAUUUUUAACGAUUUAGUAAUUACCAAAUCCAUCGGCGAUUCGAAAAUCGUUGAAAAGGGAAAUGAACAAUUUGAAAUAAAUGAAAAUAACGUUGAAGAAGUAUGCCGAGAUAAUUCAAAAGAUGAAAAUGAAAAACUACUGGGAGAAGAUUAUUCAGAGAUAUCUAAUCUGGCUGAGACAGCUAAUAACAGUGAAGUUCAUGCCGAACCUCCAAGCGAUACAAACGUGUCAAAAGACUCAGAGUCAAAUAAUGAAGAACCCGUGAUUAGACAACAAAACAGUGAAUUAGAUAUAUUUGGCGAGCACACCGAAUGUUCUUUUCCUAAUGCAACUGAUAACAAACGCGAGGAAAAUAUUCAGGAGUGUAAGAACACAUCUUUGGGUCUUGUAGAAAAUAUAUUAGAUAAACAGUUUCCAAUUGAAAAUGUUAAUAGCGCAAACAUAGAAACUGAACUAGAUGAUAAUUUCACAGAACCAGACCUUGAAAUGGGAAAUACAGAACACGAAUCAAAGGAUGGGAAAAUUAAUGAACUAAACGAAAACAACUCGGAUGAUAGAAUAUUUCAAACGAAUGUCUCAAAACAAUCUAAUAAAGAAAGGUCUUUGAACCAUGAUACUACCCGAGUAACGUUAGACGAUGAAAUAAAAAUUGAUCAAGAAAUUUCUGUCGAACUACAAGUUCGUAAAUCUUCUGAUAUUGAAAAAAACGUACAAAGUAAAAAAAUAAUAUGCGAGAAAAUUGAAUCGCUCGUAACUCGUGAAAAUAUCGACAAUGUAAAUAUUCCUGAAAUAUUUUUAACGCGGGACGAAGAACCGAAUACAAAAUACAAAGAUAACACACUAGUGACCGACGAAACACUUGAGAUGUCUGCAAACAGUAUUAUAGAAAAGGUAGAAAAUAUAUUAUACGACGAUAUAUCCCAAGAUGUGACAGAGUUUGAGGCGAAAAUAAAUUCCGAACUAAUAAAUGACUUGGAAAGAAAAAAAAACCUCCCGGAAAGUUUUGAAACUGAAGAGACGCCAAUUUCCGACGCAUAUUUAUACCGUGAAGUCUCUAUGGACGAAAUAAAAAUUGAUCAAACUAACAAUGACGGGAAAGAUGUGUCAGGGUGUGAAUUUAUAGAAAACUACAAACAAAUCGAACCUCUUCAAAACGAAAACACUAAAAUUGAAGAAAAAACGACAGCUGGAAAAAAAUUAAACAAACUAAUCGACCCUAUUAUGAACGUGUUUUGCGUUGAAAAUCCAAAAGAACCAUCGGUGCAAGACUCUAAGGCGGCGCAAGUUUUACUUAAAUUGGAAAAAAAUCAAACUUGUGAAAACUUUGAUCCAUGCGAUGGAGUCAUAAUUUCGGGCGAGAUUAAAAAUGCCUAUUCUGAUAAAAACGAGACAUGUGCUGAUGACAUAAAGGACGAAACAAAAACUAAUAUCCAAGUUUUAUCAAACCCAAUAUUAAAUAAAAGUUUUUCGCUUAACGAAACAUCAGUUGAGUCGUUACAAGAAAAUGUGCAAAAUACCGAUUUAAAUAUUAAUAUAGAAGUUCAUAGUCACAAUGCGAGACGUUUAUCAUUGCAAGAAUACUUAGAAGACACUUUACAAUCUCUUAAUAAUAAAAGUCAAGCGUCUUCAGAAAACCUAACAGAACAUAACCCAGUGGUAGAAACAUUAACAAAAUUAUCUGACAUAACAAGUGAUCAAAAAUCACAUAUUCAAUUAGAUGACGAAUUUCAGGUACAAAAUUCAGAAGGAAAUAUUGACACAAAUCCACCUUCAAAACGGUUAUCUGACGGUACAAUGCAAUUUGACGAUGUUGAAAAUAAUACUAAAUUGCAUACCGAUGAAAAAACUGUCGGACGAAGACGUUUGUCGUUGCAAGAAUACUUAGAAGAAACUUUACAAUCUCUUGAUAACCAAAUAAUGUCCGACCAAUUUGCGGACGAAACUAAUAAAACAAUCAUAGAUUUAUCAAAUCAGGAUAAUUUCACUGAUUCAACAUCGAACCAGUCAAACCAGCAGGAAAACGAUUGCGUCGAAAAAGAAAAAAGCGAUCUUAAUGUAAAUACAUUUAAGUCGCAUGAAGACCAUAGAAUCAUAGAAAAUUUAGAUUUUAAAACAUCAGAAGAUACCACAAAUGAUAAUGGACGUUUAUCUUUGCUAGACUACUCAGAAGAGCAAUCGAAUCCUGUGGUUACCGUCAAUGUGACUGAUGUAGAUAUCAAACCUCGAGUGCAAAGUCAAACUACUUCAGAAAACCUGACAGAACAUAGUCCAGUGGUAGAAAUAUCAACAAAAUCAUCUGAUAUAACAAGCGAUCAAACAUCACAUAUUCAAUUAGAUCACGGAUCUCAGGUACAAAAUUCACAACAAAGUAUUGACACAAAUUCCCCUUCAAAAUGGUUAUCUGAUGGUGCAAUACAAUUUGACGAUGGGGAAAAUAAUACUAAAUUGCAUACAGAUGAAACGACCUACGGACGAAGACGUUUGUCGUUGCAAGAGUUUUUGGAAGAAUCUUUAGAAUCCAUCAACAGCUCAAUGGACCAAACCGAUCAAACGAAACGCAACUCGAGCGUGGACUACGAUCCAGACAUUUUAGAUAAAGAUUUAAAUAAGAGUACUAGUUUUGGAUCCCAAGACUUUCGGCCUGGUGGCUCUGACCAACCUUUGGAGAAGGCUUGUGGAAUACCUAACUUUGAGGAACAUCAAACUUGUGAUAACUUUGCUUCAGACGAUGGAAUAGUUUCAAGUGGUAUUAAGAAUGCCUAUUCGUCUGAUCAAAACGCGAUAUAUGUUGAUGACAUAAAGGACGAAACAAAAACUAAUGUCCGAGCUAUAUCAAACCAAAUAUUAAAUAAAUGUUCACUUAAUGAAACAUUAGUCGAGUCGACCCGAAAAAAUGUACCAAUUACCAAGUCAAAUAUGAGUAUAAAAAUUCGUAAUAAUAAUGCGAGACGUUUAUCAUUGCAAGAAUACUUAGAAGACACUUUACAAUCUUUUGAUAACCAAUUAAUGUCUGACCAAAUUGCGGAUGAAACUAAUAAAGCAAUCAUAGAUGUAUCAAAUCUGGAUAAUUUCACUGAUUCAACAUCGAACCAGUCAAGCCAUCAGGAAAACGAUUGCGUCGAAAAAGAAAAAAGCGACCUUAAUGUAACAUUUAAGUCGCAUGUAGACGAUAGAAUUUUAGAAAAUUUAGAUUUCAAAACAUCAGAAGAUACCACAAAUGAUAAUGAACAUUUAUCUUUGCAAGACUACUCAGAAGAGCAAUCGAAUCCUGUGGUUACCGUCAAUGUGACCGAUAUAGAUAUCAAACCUCGAGUGCAAAGUCAAACUACUUCAGAAAACCUGACAGAACAUAGUCCAGUGGUAGAAAUAUCAACAAAAUCAUCUGAUAUAACAAGCGAUCAAACAUCAGUUGUUCAGUUAGUUGACGGAUCUCUGGUAAAAAAUUCAGAAGAAAGUAUUGACACAAAUUCCCCUUCUAAAUUGCAUGCCGAUGAAACAACUGACGGACGAAGACGUUUGUCGUUGCAAGAGUUUUUGGAAGAAUCUUUAGAAUCCAUCAACAGCUCACUGGACCAAACCGAUCAAACGAAACGCAACUCGAGCGUGGACUACGAUCCAGACAUUUUAGAUAAAGAUUUAAGUAUAAGUACUAGUUUUGGAUCCCAAGACUUUCAGCCUGGCGGCUCUGACCAACCUCUGGAAAAGGCAUAUGGAAUACGAAAAGUGGAAAUGUCUGUACAACGUGUGAAAUCGUCGGACGAAGAAUAUUUCGAGCAAACCGAGAAAAUAUGUCUAGGUAACGACACAAUCAAAGAACACGACGAGGCCGUUGUGGAUGACCGGAUUUACACGGUCAAUGAAUCCGACCUGAACGCCAUAGUAUGUGCGUCGUCUUUGCAAGAGGCUCUGACACUGUUGGAUUCCAAAAUUAAGUUAAAACGCAAAAAAAGGGUAGCAAAAUGUUCAAAACGGUUUGAUAGCGUAUCCGUUGACGCUGAACAAAACGAACACUUCGCCAUGGCUCGGGAAUACUUUGAAAACAUGGAACGACAACUGUCCAAGCAGCAAUAACGGUUCUAUAUAUUGUAUUUUUUAGUUUUUAGUGUAAAAUUCAUUCAUCAGAAAAAAUAUAUAUUAAGUUAGUCAUCCAGAAAAAGUAAAUCAAAUUUCUAAGGGAGUUUACUGAAUUCAACAUUCGAAUUAAUAAUUAACACUUUGUAUGAUAUAAUAUUAACACCAGAGGGGAAAAAGGCCAAGACAUCGCUAUAUCAGACAUUCAUUGUCUCGUAAAUAAUUACAAUUUUCUGAAGACUUGGAUUUAAAUAGGAAAACAGAGGUCUCUAGUUAAAACUAAGAGUUCAUAUUGUGAGAGUUUUUGUUUUUAAUCCUUCUAAAUGGAUUGACGAGGCGGCCCGAUUUAAAUUUGAUAAUUUUCUUUGUUAAGACCUAGAUACAUAUUAUAUGCAUGUGUAUUCUUUAAUAAAAAAUGUUUAAAACUAUGCUUAGGUACCGUGAACGAAAUAAAAUAAUUUUCCUACCUAUCUAAUUAUUAUAAACAUUUUAAACAACAAUUAUUUAUUACUAUUUACCCUAUCCCAUCUAGUAUUUAAGUAUU